UGGCUUAGAAAUUUGUACAAAAAAAUGGGAAAUCAACCAGGCAAAUUACAAAAUCAAAAUCACAGCGGAAGACCAAAGAAGGUUGUAACAUGGAAAUCGGCAGAGCGACCGUCGCCGCCGGGACGACCUGUGCUAAUACCACUUUCGGAACAACAACCAGAUGUCGUGAAUCUGCGUUGGGAACGGCCAAAACUCGAUGGCGGUUCUCCCAUAACUGGUUACGUAGUUGAGCAUCGUCGUAUGGGUUCUCCACACUGGGUUCGUGCCACACCCACAUCAGUACUACAAUGUGAGGUGUCAAUAAGUGGCUUAGAGCCUGGUUGGCGUUACCAGUUCCGUGUGUUCGCCGAGAACAUAGUAGGUCGCUCCGACCCUAGUGAUAUGUCUGAUGCACUUACCGUUACGCUUCAACGCACCGCCAUAUGUGUACCGAGUUUUAUUGAAGAACUACAAGAUCGUCAGGCCGUCGAAGAUGAACGUAUUGAAUUCCGUGUGCGUAUAGUUGGUCAGCCACCACCUGAAAUCAAUUGGUUCAAAGACGGCUACGAGAUAUUCAGUAGUCGACGAACGAAAAUUUUAAACGACAACGACGUCAGUGUCUUGAUUAUUCACCAGGUGGCGCUAACCGAUGAGGGUGAAAUCAAAUGCACGGCGACAAAUCGAGCUGGCCAUGUGGCCACCAAGUGCCAACUAAUGGUGCAAGCACCGCCUAAAAUCCGUUUACCACGCACAUACGAGGAUGGCUUGAUAGUGGAGGCAGGUGAGGUGUUGCGAUUGAAGGUUGGUAUUGCGGGCCAACCACCACCGGCGGUAACAUGGCUGCAUGAGGGCGAGUUAGUACCCAAUGGUGGACGCUUUGAAAUGUCAAGCACCGACCGCAACUCGCUGCUUAAAAUUGAUAGCAUACAACGUGAUGACCGCGGUGAAUAUAGUGUUCGCGCGUGGAAUCAGUUGGGCGAAGAUGUGACCUCGUUUCUAGUCACAGUCACUGCGCGUCCAAAUCCACCUGGCAAAGUGCGCCUGAAUAUGUCGUUUGGCAAGUCGGCGACAUUGUCAUGGACAUCCCCGCUGGACGAUGGUGGUUGUAAAAUCGGCUAUUAUAUAGUUGAAUAUUUUCGUGUUGGUUGGAAUGUUUGGCUCAAAGCGGCCACAACCAGGUCCCUCAGCACAACUUUGCAUGACUUAAUCGAAGGUUCCGAAUAUAAGUUUCGUGUAAAAGCUGAAAACCCUUACGGUGUGAGCGACCCUAGUGAGGAGUCGGAAAUUCUUUUUAUACCUGAUCCAAAGCGUGGCAUUACGAAACCUAAAUCAGAAACCAAGCUAACCGAAGAAAAAAGCAAAGCUGCACCACCACGCCGUAAAGCACUUUCACCACAACGGCCGCACGUAGAUGCAGCGACGGAAAUAUCACCUGGAGCGCUGCGAAAACCAAGACCGCAGUUGCUGGAUACCGAAGAUCUGCAUCGGGAAAUGUCUUACGGCACGCCCGAUAAAGUUCUAAAGUUGGACGUACGGCGUAGUCCGUCAAAUAACAAAACGUCAAAACCUUCAACACCAGACCCACCGCACACGAACCUAUUGACAUUGGACACCAAGCCUACGCCCACACCGUCACCAACGUCGCCAACUCUCAAAUCACCACAGCGUUCUCCGCUGACAGAAAAGAAAACUAUGCCCCACUUUUUGCAACAAUUGCUUCCAUCCAAGGAUAAAUCACCAUCACCAUCGAAACAAAAGAUUACACCAACUUUGGCAACACCAGAACCAGAACUUACACCCGAAAAACCAUCCACUCCAGAAAUAUCACGUUCAUCAUUACGACGCAAGCGUAGCCUUAGCCCACCUCGCAAGAGUCUGACACCUCCCGAACAAAUAAAUAGAACCCCCGCUCUACAACGUAGUGCUGAGCCAGUGCAACUAGGCGUAAAUCAACUGGUGCGACGUCACUCCGGGCACAGUUUAAGUCCAGCAAAAAAUGCUCCUUCUUUAGCGGUCGCCAUAGCUACGGGAGCAAUGGGAACAAUGGACAUGGAGAAAGAAACGUCUCCCCUACUAAGCAGGAAAGUUCGCAAGGAAAUUGAUGAAAGAGCCGAGCGAAACAAUUAUCAGGAGCGUCAAGAGGAGCUUAUAAGAUAUGAAAGGGCUGAAAAAAGUGAACGAAUGGAGCGAAGAAAAAAUUCAGCAAAUCUAACGGAGCAAAUCGACCAAUUUAAACAGGCUGAGCAGGCAAAUCGUGUCGAGCAAACGGAACGUGAUAAGCAGGCGGAGUGGAAGGAAUGGGUAGCUAAGGUGAACGGAAACAAUGGCGCUUCCCAGAAAAGAAAUCAUAACAACAAUGAACAGAAAUCUCAAAACGUUUCAACGCUUACGAACCCAACCAUACAAAUAACCGCACCGGCCCCCGCAAAGAAUCCCAUCUCAGCAUCAUCACCAGCCAGUCCCCUGUCUCUUGCUGAGAAACAGGAUGACGUGCACACGAGUAAUGAAUUUAUGCUGGUCGUCUUCGAUAAAAAUAGCAAAGUUAAGGAUAAAAAUAAGCAAGACUCCUUUGAAUUGGAUCUAGAAGACGCACUGCAACCACCACCAAUUUCCAUAUCUUCGCCCGAUCUUGCAUCACUGGAAUUUACAAAUCUACAUACCUUCCCGCUUCGUCGUUCCGUUAGCUCUACGGAACUGUUAUAUGAACGCGCCAUGGCACGCUUCUACGAAGCUGUUGAGCUGGAGGAAGCUGAAAAGGCGCGCAAAUUAAGAUGCUUACAAGAAAAAGAUAAACUCAAGCAAAAAGAGUAUGAAAUUGAUAAGGGCAGAGAAAUAGACUUGGAGAAACCAAUUACCAGCGGCAGCUUACAGGCACCUUUUGUUCGAAAACGUCUUGGUUCGAUGACCGAAGCGGAACGGCUGUCUUUCGAGCGACGAAGUGAGCUGCGCCGUCAAUCAGAAAGCUUCGUACAAGACUUUAAAUUCACCACAGCGCGUUGGGGUUCACGUGAAAACAUAUCGGCAACGAAGUCACUUUCGCGCACGACUGGUAUGCUGCUUAACAAGGACGAAAGCCGUGAUACACAGGAUGACGAGGAAGAUUUCGAUGUUGAUGACUAUGAGGAUAUGUUAGACGGUAACCUAGCCAGCGGCUAUCAACAGAGAGCAGAACCUACAAAACAAGCGAGCUUUGAACUCGAGUCUGACUACACCGAAAGCACAGCUAGCUCGAAAGAUGAUUCAAUUGAGAGAUUUAAAAUGGAGCUGAGAGCGCGCACAAAAACACCAAGUCCACCAAAAGGCAGUCCGCCUAGGGAUCACAUGGAAACCUAUCAUCCGCGUAAUAUGUCUGCUGGUGUUUUCACGCCUUAUCGCGCACCGAUGCCGGAAAAUGCAGCGGUCGUACUCACGCGACCAGCGCCGCCCUCCGAUCCCGACUUUGUGCCGAAGCCUAUUUUGAAGCGACCAUCGAAUGAGAAUGUACAACCACUUGCCGAACAGGUUGUUAGUAGCAACAGUAACAACAGUAAGAACAACAACAACAACAACAACAGCAAUGAUAACGUAGACAAAAAGAGUUUGGAAAAUUUAGAGAACAUAGGCGACGACAGCAACAAAAGCCAAACCGCCAAUAACACUGCCAGCAGCCACGAGAAAACUGGUUUUGCAGAAAGCUUCAUGUCUUUCUUUAAGCGGGAUAAUCGUACGAAUACUGAGAAAAAUACUGAAGAAAACGCGAAUGUCGUCGGUCUUACAGGUAAGUCCAUUCCUUUGAGUCCCACAGUCGUCGCAGCGGAAUUGGAAGCAAAGCGCAAGGCCAAAGAAGAAGAGGAUGCAAAACGUCAGGAAGCGGAUCGUAUAAUGCGAGAGGAAGCUUUCGCCGUUGUUGAUCACUACAGCGAUAUUGUGAGUCAGAUUAGCAGCACACGCAAAUACCACACACCCAUCUAUCUGGAUAAGGAGCAACUGAAAAAGGCAGGCGCCAACAUGAAUAUCGAAGAAGAAGAAGAAAACGCACGCGCACGCCGUUCACAGAGUCCGGAAGGUGGGCUUAUGCCACCCAUUAGCAAUAAGCCGCGACUCUCAAUAUCCGAACGCGGUCAGCUGGUGCAUGUACGUGAGAGCGGAAGCGGCAUGGCGUAUACAGACCAACCCAAGACAGCGGUGCCAGAUACACCGACGCCAAGUGAGGACAGCUCACAAGCGUUCAGCAUGCCACCGCCCGUGAAGGAGAACUUCAAGCCUACCAAGACUAAUAACAAAAUGAAUUCCACUUCUUCGCCAGCACCCACAACAAUUUCCCCAGAACUGCUGAUAAACGAUGACAACUCAACCUCAGAAGUAAUCAGCGAAACCACGUACGAGCGUCCAGAUUCGCGCGGUCGUACGCGUAUCGUAAAAGUAAAGCGCAUCAUUAAGAAGCGAGUGGCAUCACGCUCGCGAGAUGCCUCCCUCAACCGUCCGCCUUCAAGCGCUGCAUCACAACAAGAUUUGGACUUUGAUAUUGUUCCCACUGAAGCCCAAACGCCAGUAAGAAGACGUGUGCUUUCACGAACGCGCACCUCAACAGGCCAAUCCAAGUCGCCCGGUCCAUUUGGCAGACGACCGCUGCCAACGUCAGCGACGCCUGCGCGUGUACUACCACCACCACCUGAGGUGUUAUUGGCAAUGGUCGCCAAUAACGAGCCGAAAAGCGCCGAGCAGCUGGAAGAGGAGGCGCAUGAAAAAGUUCGCUCCGCGCUGAGUUACUCUACUGAUUUGAUUUUGUUUGUGGUCGCUUGCUAUGUUUAUCUUUUCAAAGAUGCCUGGUUGGUAUUACCGAUACUCUCUUUAAUGAUUUACAGACAAAUUGGAGAUUUCAUUAAUGAUUGCAUACCGAAAUGGAUGAAGCGGAAAAAGAACUGAUAACAAGGCGAGAAAGCAAAAAAUUGGCGGCUGAACAAAGACAAAAAAUCAUUAAAACUAUUACGGAAACAACAACAACUAUACUAAAAUCCAUAACGUAUGCUUUACAAUUGAAGUUGGACGCAUUGGAGUUUCAAUUAAAUGAAGAUAAGUACAGUCGAAGUUGUUGCCCGGUCCUUAGCGAUUUUUUUUUUUUCGGUUUUCAUGUUAGAUGUGCGGUGAAUA